AUGUCAAGCAUGAAGGCCCUUGCUGUCACAAACAUCGGCGAGCCAGCUAGGCUGAUCGAGAGACCCAUUCCUACACCAGGCGCUGGGGAGGUUUUGCUCAAGGUUGUUGCUGUUGGGUCCAGAGACCUCGGACUUUUCGUUGACCCAAAUUCACUGCCCAUGGUUCUCGGGAACGACAUCGCAGGAAUCGUGACCGCUCUCGGCCCAGAGAACAACGAGGUCGAUCUGCAGAUUGGCGAUCUCGUCUUUGGGCAAAGCAACCACGGAAAGCGAACUGCUGACCAGUCCGGUCUCCAGGAGUUCUGCCUCCUCGACACUUGCGCCAUGGCCAAGAUCCCACCAGGCUUCACUGCCGAUCAUGGGGCUAGUCUUCCUAGCAAUGCCGUGGCCGCUUUUUGGGCCCUUUUUAACCAAUCAGCUCUUGGUCUGCCACCUCCACUUGAAACCUGCUCAGGCCAGGAUCAGGAUCAGCAUAUUGAGGAAAAUUGCAUCGUUGUCAUAGGAGGCGGGUCCAAUUGCGGCCGCUACGCAGUUCAGUUUGCCGCUUUGUCUGGUUUGUUCUCCACCAUUGUCGCUGUCGCAGGGCCGAGGCAUGCCACGGCCCUUCAUUCCUUUGGGGCUACCCAUGUUGUUGACCGGCAUGGCGACGAGUCCGAAGUGAUAAGCAGAGUACGAGAUAUUGUUGGUGAUGAUUGUGUGUAUGUUAUAGAUGCCGUCAAUCACGAGCAUACGCUGGGCGUCGCGUGUCUGUCAAACUCGAGACAGGGAAGAAUGGCGACACUAUGCCCAGGCGAGGCGGAUUUGGCAAGAAUUCACGACAAGGCGGCGGGCUUUACAAAGGUCUUCUCGUCGGGCUCGUCCCAGAAUUCGCCGGGUCUGGCCAAGGGAUUCUGGGCUGCUCUGCCAGGUUGGCUCAAGAGUGGGCAGGUCAAGGCUCUAGAGUGGGAUGUGAUUAACGGGCUCGAUGAAGUGGCAAUCAAUGCAGUUUGGGAUCUGUACAGAGAUGGCAAAGCUCCAAAGAACCAGGUACACGUUCAUAUCUAG